AUGAAAGUAAACCAACUUAAUUUAACAUUUUUAAAAGGAACAUUUCUGAGUAUUGGAGAACCUGAUAUCACUUUCAUCACUCAAGACUUCCCAUCUGCUCCGGUCCGUCCAGGAGACUCAGUGACUCUGCAGUGUUCCGUCCUCUCACACUCUGAGAGGAGAACGUGUCGAGGAGAACCGAGUGUGUUCUGGUUCAGAGUCGGAUCGGAUGAAUCUCAUCCCAGUUUAAUUUAUGCCCAAAGAAGCAACAGUGCUGGAUGUGAGAAGAGUCCUGAAGCUCACUCUCCACAGAAAUGCGUCUACAGCUUCUCUAAGGACGUCACCUCCUCUGAUGUCGGCACUCAUUACUGCGCUGUGGCCACAUGUGGACAGAUAUUAUUUGGAAAUGGAACAAAACUGGACAUUAAGGAAACCGGCUUGGGGUCCUUAAGUGACAAUAUAUUUCUGCUCCUGCUGUGUGCUGUCUUGGCUAUAAGUGUGAACGUCGCAGCUUUCCUCAUUUACGCCAUCAAGAAAAACAAGUGUGAUUAUUGCAAUAAUGAAGCUGCUGUUUUGCUUCUAGAAAGUGUUGCAAAAAGGAAGUUAAAGAGAAAUGAAGACGCGUGGAUGUAUUCUACUGUCGUCUUCAAUGUGAUGAAAUCUGCCGGUGGUGGAACGAGGGACGCCAAAGCAGCGGAGAGAGAGAGGAUCUACGCCGCUGUCAAGGCUUUUGGGUUGGAUUAGCAUGUUGAGGGGACUGUUUGAGGUCAACAGGUGAAAUGUGGCAGCUGAUGGUCCUGCUUUAACGUUUUGGUCUUAUGCUUACGUGUACAUUUAGUUGACGGUAAUAAGAAUAUAUGGUCGAAGGCCUGUCACACUGAUACUUUACUGUCACACCAACUUCCUGUCUUUGUCUUCUGGGUUAUUUUGUCGUCUUUACCGUGGUUAAACAUUUCUAAAAUUGGAGUUCUACAAAAAAUGUUAUUUAGUUAUAACUAUGAUGUGGGUUGAAUGUAAUGUGUAGGGUUUCAUUGUUUUCAUCGUUGCUGGUUAAUAAAAUGCUACUGCAGUCAUAAUGACAUUAACAAGAAUGUAAAAAGUGAAAUCUGUGGCGUUGUCGUGCAGCUAUUUCUGGCUACAAAAAGAGACCACGAAUUAGGAAGCAUUUAUAUUUUGUUUGUGUUUA